AUGUCUUCUCCUCGUAAUUCGCCCCAAGAACAAGACACCGUUGAUCACCCUGAUCACUUAGUGGCUGAUUCUCAAGAUGACACCGAUAGCGACGCCGAUUCUGCCCUUGCUGUGUCCCUGGCGAGUUCAUCAGAAUCACUUGCUUCGAGUAUUAUGAGACAUCGUGAAGAAAACGGCAGAUCAUACCAUGCUUUCAAGGAAGGAAGAUAUGUGCUACCGAACGAUGAGGCAGAGAAUGAACGACUUGACCUACAGCACAUGCUUUUCACCCUUACGUUUGAUGGUAAACUUUCCAACUUGCCACUCGACAAGGCGAAUUCACCACGAAGGGUUCUAGAUGCUGGGACUGGAACUGGCGUCUGGGCUAUUGAUUACGCUGAAGAUCAUCCGGAAUCCCAGGUUAUUGGCAUCGAUCUCAGCCCCGUUCAACCCAGCUUUGUUCCUCCUAAUCUCACAUUUUAUAUUGACGAUAUAGAGGAUCAAUGGACGUUCUCUUAUAAGUUCGAUUUUAUUUAUGCCCGCAUGAUGACAGGAUCCAUUCGCGACUGGCCAAAAUUUAUACAACAAAGCUAUGAUAAUCUAGAAUCCGGCGGUUGGCUUGAAUUGUCAGAUAUUAUUCUCCAACUCCACUCUGACGACGAUACUAUUCCUGAGGGAUGUGCCGCGGCAAGAUGGGGCGACUUGAUGCUCGAAGCAGCCGACAAGUUUGGCGCCUACCUCGACAGUGGUACACGGUAUAAACAGCAACUUCUCGAUGCAGGCUUUGUAGAUGUUGUCGAAACUAUUUACAAGUGGCCAACUAACCCUUGGCCGCGUGAUCCCAAGUUCAAGGAGAUGGGCUUGUGGAAUUAUGAGAAUCUUGGUAAUGGAGCCUCUGGCCUGAGUCUUGCUCUGUUCACUCGCGCUUUAGGUUGGACAGCAGAGGAGGUUGAGGUAUUCUUGGUGGAUGUUAGGAGAGAUAUGAAAAACCGAGCUAUACAUGGAUGGUGGCCUAUCUACGUUGUUUAUGGAAGAAAACCAUAA